AUGUAUAUCGACGAUAACCUAGAGUUCGACAUCGUCGAGUGCACCAGCCGCUUUACGAUCAACUCUGCCGGCCGUUCGCCAACGAGCCGCCGGGCGGAGCAGCGCCAGCGCAGCGUGAUGCGCCGCCAGCGCACCAACCCGCUCCGGAUGGUCAACGACGACGGCAAACUGUUGUCCUCUCCCGCCAAGGAUAUGUUGCCCGGCGAGGAGCUGUCGUUCUAUCAGGGCCACAGUCCCCAGCAAAGUCCGCGACCAUGCAGCCCCUGCACCCUGUGCCCGGAGGACGCGAUGAUGGGCGGCGGCGAGCUGCUGCCGUCGGAGAGCAACACGCCGAACAAACACCACCUGCCAAUUAUCCCCACCAUCGUUGGUGAUGCUGGCCAGGGCCACCAGAGUGUCGCAGUGAGUGCGGCGGCGACUCUAGCCUACCAGCGUCUUCGGCGACCGCUUGCCGAUGAUCACGACACCAACUCGAUGGACUCGGGCUACGAUGGGGCCAGUGUCCGGAACGAGCUUCUUGGCUCGCAGAGUGAUGCCAGCUCCAGCUGCUCCUCCGGCACUGGGCUAAUGAGAAGCGGAUCGGUGCUCCGAUCGAUCUCCUCCACGAUCAUGUCCCGCCACAGUUCCUCCUCGUCGCCGUCAUCGCGCCGCCUCCUGGUCAGCAGCCUCUCCUCCGGCUCCAUGGAAUCGAUGGACGAUCUCGAGCUGUUCGAUAUGGAAACGAUGCAGGACGAGGAGCUCGGCGAUCGAUCGUUGCACGGUUACCAGCCGCCGCCGCUGAGGCAGCACCAUCAGCCAGCCAGCGGUAUGGUGCUGCCCAGUGGGCUAAACACACUGAUCAGCGGUACCAUCAAGACGACCCGCUCGUCGACAACGCCCGAAACGAAGCGUCCGUAUGUGCGGCGCUGUCUGAGCCUCACUGAGAGUACCAACAAAAUGAACGUACCGGCCAACAUUAUUGCGGGCGCACCCGCGGGCUCGGUGAUAAAAACACCGGAACAAUUCGUGCGGCGACUGGUGGCGAUCGAAGACCAGGAGAACUGUCAUCUGACGCCGUACUCGGCGCGGAUUGCCGAUGCCACUGCCCGCUGUUUCAAGCGCCCAGAGCCGCCCGGCAUCAGUCCGGUGCAGAGUAAACGGUGUAAAAUGAUCGAAAGCUCACCGUCGAAGGCCCUCGUGUCCUCGGCCCUCGACAGCCCCUCCCGCACCACGGUACUGAAAACCAUCUACCAGAAGUCGAUCUCGAUGAACGAUGAGCAGAUCAUGAACGCCCUGUCGCGAUCCUCCUCGGAACCGGACCUGAUUGGCGAUUUUUCCAAAUCCUACAUCCUGCCCCUGAUGGAUGGCCAGCACCGGGACCUGAAGGCCAUUUCCGGCGAAACGAUGGCCCGGCUAGUGCGGGGCGAGUUUCAGCAGAAGGUGGCCAGCUUCAAAAUCAUCGACUGCCGGUACCCGUACGAGUUCGAAGGUGGCCACAUACGGGGUGCGAAAAAUCUCUACACUCACGAGCAGAUAAUCGAGGAGCUGAUCAAAAGCAAAACGGAGCGACCGACGAUCGACGAGCCAUCGGAGCAAAACGGGCAGCAGCAGCAGGAUAGCAGCAGUGUCACGCGGCGCAACAUCAUCGUUUUCCACUGCGAGUUCUCCUCCGAGCGUGGUCCCAAACUGUCACGCUUUCUGCGCAAUCACGAUCGCAUCCUGAACUCGGACAGCUAUCCCGCGCUCCACUAUCCCGAGGUGUAUCUGCUGCACGGAGGUUACAAGGAGUUUUUCAAAGCGCACUCCUCGCUCUGCGAUCCGAUCGCCUACCGGCCUAUGCUGGAUCCCGAUUUUGGCGAUGCGUAUCGUCAUUUCCGAGCAAAGUCCCGCAGCUGGAACGGAGACGGCACGACCACGGUGAAAGCCACGAAAACACGGUCACGGCUCAUGCUCUGA